UCCACUUCCCAAAUGAACCCUGUGCUCACUCUCCAAACGCAGCCCCCGUUUUCUCUCUCUCUGUCUCUCUCUCUCUCUCAACCAGAGAUGGCAGCAGCUUCAGCAUCAGCAUCGAUAGCUGUGAACGGAGCAAAAAUGGCGACAAGUUCGCAGGCGUAUAUAGAAAGCAAUCCGGUGAGAGAAACAAAGGCCUUGAUAUCAGAGCUCUGUCGUCAAUUCUACAAUCUGGGUUGGGUCUCCGGGACUGGUGGUAGCAUCACAAUUAAGGUCCACGACGAUUCCAUCCCCAAACCCCACCAACUCAUCGUCAUGUCCCCUUCCGGUGUGCAAAAGGAAAGAAUGGUUCCAGAGGACAUGUACGUGCUAUCUCCAAGUGGGUCUACACUGUCUUCGCCCUUGUCGAAGCCAUACCCUUAUAAGCCUCCUAAAUGCUCUGAUUGUGCUUCUCUCUUCUUGAAGGCAUACGAUAUGCGUAAUGCUGGUGCUGUUAUUCACAGUCAUGGAAUGGAAUCUUGUCUCGUGACAAUGAUAAAUCCUUUAGCAAAGGAGUUUCGAAUUACUCAUAUGGAAAUGAUAAAAGGAAUUCAAGGGCAUGGCUAUUAUGAUGAGCUUGUUGUCCCAAUAAUAGAAAACACCGCUCAUGAGCGGGAGCUGACAGAUUCUCUUGCUGAAGCUAUUGAAGCUUAUCCAAAAACAACAGCUGUGCUGGUUCGGAACCAUGGCAUAUAUAUAUGGGGGGAUUCUUGGAUCAGUGCUAAAACCCAGGCUGAAUGUUACCACUAUCUCUUUGAUGCUGCUAUUAAACUUCAUCAAUUGGGCCUGGACUGGUCUACCCCUAAUCAUGGUCCCAUUUCCAGAGGAGUUUUAGGUGGUCACCAGAAUGUAGCCAUGUCUGUGAAGGCAGGGUCUCUUGUAUCAAAUAAUGGCAUUGAGCCAUCACGACGUUGCAUUGUUCUGGACAUUGAAGGGACCACUACUCCCAUAUCAUUUGUUACUGAUGUUCUCUUUCCAUAUGCCUGUGACAAUGUGGGGAGGCAUUUAGAUGCAACAUAUGACACUGCAGAGACCAAAGAUGACAUUAACUUGUUACGAUCUCAAGUACAGGAUGACUUAGAACGAGGAAUUGCUGGUGCUGUGCCCAUCCCCUCUGAUGAUGCAGGGAAACAGAAGGUCAUUACAGCUUUGAUUGCCAACGUGGAAGCAAUGAUAAAAGCUGACAGGAAGAUUACUUCCUUAAAACAAUUGCAGGGUCAUAUGUGGAAGACUGGAUUCCAGAAUAAUGAUCUAGAGGGUAUAGUUUUUGAUGAUGUGCCUGAAGCUCUUGAGAAGUGGCAUGCUUGUGGCAUCAAGGUGUACAUAUAUUCCAGUGGUAGCAGAUUGGCACAGAGGCUCUUAUUUGGCUACUCAAAUUAUGGGGACUUAAGAAAAUACUUGUGUGGAUUUUUUGAUACCACAGUGGGGAACAAGAAAGAAACAAGAAGUUACAUUGAAAUCUCAGAAUCAGUGGGCGUAGAUAAGCCAUCACAGAUCUUAUUUGUGACCGAUGUCUAUCAAGAAGCUGUAGCUGCCAAGGCAGCAGGUUUGGAGGUGAUAAUUUCUGUGCGGCUGGGAAAUGGACCUCUACCAGAGAAUCAUGGGUUCAAGACAAUCAAUUCUUUCUCAGAAAUCUAACGCUGGAUGUGUUGUUCCUCUGUAAUCUUGCAGAACAUGACAUAAAUUCAUGAAGAUAAAUAAAAUCUCUUCCUAAUGGAACUUGACAGUGAAUUCAUGUUUUGUUGCAGUCUGUCUCUCUUGGUUUCCUUUGCAGUUAAUGACUUGUCUGAAAGUGUUUAUCCUUGAUAUUGCUCGCAUGAGCUUGUUUACCCGAUUGAAUGCAUGUUCUGUUUACUGGCA